AUGUCAAAACUGGAGACAUUCGAAAUUCGGUUCGGAAGGGCUGAGUUCUCAUGUGGGAUUGGCUUCAAGCCGCAUAUUGCGAUUGGCUUCGGGCCGUUGGAAGAGAAAAUUCUAGUUCCACUCCCGAAGAUGGACUGCGAGACCACUUGCUUGAACUUGGCUGCGGGGAAGCGGAUUACGUAUUCGACCCCUGCCGAUGUCUGGGAUUCGCCAGUCAUCCUCUAUUUAUUAGAGAAAAACGACUACGGGGAAUACCAGAAGAUCUCUGAAAGCUAUUUCCAACUUGAAAACGGCUUUUACAGUAAUGACGUUGCAUUUGCCUCCGUAUACGACAAGACAUUCGAGCUUGGAACAAUUUACGUCAUGGCAGAGAUUAAAGAAACAGUAGCUCGUAAGCGAAGAACAAGUCAACGAAGCAAAGGCCCCUCUCGCGCUAUAUCAUCGAUAAGUCAAAAAGCGCAAAAGAAGCCGCCCACUCCCAAGUUGCACCGUGGACGUCCUCAGCCACCAAGCUACAAGAGGCCGCCAUCGAAGUUUAACAAACCAGAAUCAGCAUACGGAAGACCAAAAUUGAGCGCUAAAGCGAGUCAAAGUGUCUUGGACGAGACAAAAAUUCUGAAAUCAUUUCAAAUUCUUGAGCCGCCGCCGAUCCCUGAAAAGUACCGAAUAAGAUAUGGAGAAGAUGUAGGAGCCUUGUACAACCCACCACCGAUGCAUUACGUUGCCCCUGUUCAACCAAGGAGGAAUGAACUCCAAGUCAAGUUUAACCAGUGGGAAGCACAAGAGAAGAGCCGCGAUGAAAUGGAAUCUAUCAUCGAGCGUCUGAAAGCACCACAUCGCACUGUUGUUUACCGCCCAAAAAUCAUCCAGGCCGACGAACAGACAAAUAAGACGAAGCGAAAUAUUCUCGAUGCGGGCAACAUCGAUAGAUCAUCGUGUCCACUCGUAGCGCAAAUAAUCGACGAGCUGAAUAACUUGAACGCCAAGUGCUGCACGCAUCAUCGACAUGCUGGAAAUAAUGGAUCCUCUGAACGCGCUAUUGACUCCAUCAAGGCGCUCGCUAAGAACAAACCUAAAGUCGAGGAUGUUGAAUCCUCGUCAGAAUCCUCUUCUGACGAUGAGGACAGCAUGGACGCAAUGUCUACCUCUCCAAUGAUAUCGGCAAAGUCCAUUUCCGAGCAUGAAAUCAAGCAAAGUGCUUCUACGAGGCUCCGACAAGACCUCCCAUCUGGCACAUACGAUCGUUUUGGACGCCCAACUCUCAAGCCGGUAUUCUCGGACUUGAAUACUUCCCUCAAUCCUGGAAAUUGUUCUUCGACAUCUUUGCUUGCCCCGGAUAAGCGGCGAUCAUCAUUGAACGUUUCAAAUUCUAUCAGACCAAAAUCAUCCAAGAGGAGCCUACUUCCCAUGAAUUCAUAUCCGGUUGUAGAUAAAAAGCAACCAGGAGCGAAUGCCGUUGAGUCUAAGCUUCGAUCUGUGACGACACAGACGACUGAUAACAGCGGUCAAAAGCAACCAGCACUCACUUCGGAGACUCUAUUUGCAUUUGAUAUUCAUGAGAAGAAAGAAAUUGACAUAAAUUCUAGUCAAGAGAUCGUUUCAAGUAGAAAAUCGUCUUCUGAGAAAACAAAAAGACCCCGAUCUUCAGUGAAUAUUUCCAUUCCAACAGCGAAAUCUUACGCAACAACAACUUCGAUUUCUUCCGACAAAAAGACGGACAACUACUCGGACGAUGAUUUUUCUAGCAUCGCUAGUCCUCGAAGCAUCCAAUCAUCAUCUCAAGCGGAGCAAAUUCCAGUCACCAAGUCAGUAACAGAAUUCCACGAUCAACCAACAGCACCCAUGAGUGAUGCUAGCUCGAGAACAGCUACUCCUCGCGGGCGUUCCUCCUACGCUGACUCAAAAUCCGUAAAAACAGAAACGGAAACUGAUGACUCUACUGACUAUUCCACUGAAGAUCAGGAUUUCGACAGCCCACGACCACCAUCUGACAAGACGAUUCCAUCCGCUCCCAUUCGCUCGAAAAGUCCAGUGAUCAGUAGCCGAAGACAACGAAGAUAA